AUGAAGAAAGGACGUGUAUUCGACUUUAACGCUCAUCCGCGUCGCAAAAUCGCACUACAGUUUCUCUAUCGUGGCUGGGAAUUCGAAGGUCUCGUACAGCAAGCGAAUACUGAAAACACUGUGGAGAAGCACUUGAUGGAUGCCCUUCUCAAAACAAAGCUCAUCUCUUCUGAAAAAGACUGCGAUUUCUCUCGAUGUGGUCGAACUGACAAGGGAGUGUCAGCUUUCAAGCAAGUUGCUGCCGUUGUGGAAUCUACACUUGAACUUAGGUCGGCUGAUGUAAGUGGUGAAUUUGUUUUCUGGUCUGAAUCAACUGAGAGGACUUUGUUAAUCGAUAAUCUUUUGGUAAUAUAUGAGUUUUGCCGUUUGAUUCUUUCCAUGGGCGUUUGUCCGUGUAAAUAUAGUAUUUCUAGUUGGGCUCCUGUUCCGCGGAAUUUUUCCGCCAGACAUGCAUGCAAUAUGCGCGUUUACAAAUAUAGUCUACCAAGGGCCAAUUUGGAUGUGACGGCUAUGCGUCGAGCCGCUGCUCUACUCGUUGGCACACAUGAUUUUAGGAACUUUUGCCAGGUAGAUAUGAAUGAAAAGCGUGUCAAAAUGUCUUUCGUUAGGGAACUGUUUGAAGUUAGUAUAGAACUUGUUAGCAGUUUCUCAACGAAUUCGAUAUCUCGUAAUGAUUUGAUAGAGUUGACUAUCAAAGGAAGCGGCUUUUUGUGGCACAUGAUACGCUUUAUUGUGACGGUACUCCAUGAAAUCGGGCUAGGAAACGAGCAGCCGGAGGUGAUGGCUGCCAUUCUUCCUUGA